AGCUGCUCGGAAGUGUCCAUUAAUUGGAAGUGCUAAUCAUGAUGCAACAGUACGAUACGGAUAUACAGUGCGAUACCACCACGACGCCUUUCUCGGUCAAAGAUAUCUUGAACAUAAAUAACAUAAACGACAGUGAUUAUUAUUCGAACAAUAUCAAAAAGGAACACAGUGAGUCGGUGCACCCGCAGUACUGGGAUAACGCGGGGUAUUACGGGAUCAACGAACAGUACGGGUACUACAUUGGCAGUGAGGGUGAGAAUUACGUAAAUAGGAACUACUGGAACUGUGAUAGUUAUUUGGACGGGAACCAGAACCAUUUUCAGCACCUGAGCAACUUUUACAACACGCAGAUCAAUGAGCAGACCCAUAGGAACGUUAAGGAUGAGUCCUACAUUAAAGUAGAGAGUCCAAAAAUCCAACAAGUGACGAGUUCAAAGACCGAAUUGCGGAAGUCAGGUCGACAAAGGACAAAACGAAAGCCUCGAGUACUCUUCAGCCAAGCUCAAGUCUAUGAAUUGGAGCAAAAAUUCAAACAACAGAAGUACCUGUCGGCGCCCGAGAGAGAGCAGAUGGCGUUGGGGUUGAAACUGACACCGACGCAGGUCAAAAUUUGGUUCCAAAACAGGAGGUACAAAAGCAAGAGACAAAAGAUAGAGAAGACAGAAGAGAAAAAGCAUUCGUCAGUGAUCACCAACUCAGGAUUCUGCAUACCACAGACGCUAACACAGACCCCAUACAGUAUUUUCCAGAAUAAUAACGACAUUUAUCCCCCCAACGAAUAUAUAUGUCAGGAAAGGUAUAACGAGUUAAGUGUUUCGUUUAAUUAAUGAUUUGUUGUAGUUUUGUAAAAACUCUAUUCUCUUUUUGGUCAAACAGUAUUUAAAGGAACAAAGUGUUUUAGAUCAAAAACAUAGAUUUCAGAAAAAUUUUUGAAAAAGGAAAAUAUUACAUAUUUUCGGAAAAACAGCUUCUAGCGUUCUUUAAAUAUCUCAUAUAAAUAACUUUCUAUUUCUUUUUUUUUUUAUUUGAACUAUAGGGUCUAGACUGCUACAGCCAUUGACAUAGGUAUACAGUGUGUACAAAAAGUAAUUUCAAAUGCAAAAAUAUAUUAAUUGUUAAUAGGUAUAAAAAAAAAGUUUUAAAUAGCUGAAAUUAUCUUUGUAAGAAAAUUAGAAAUAUUUAGGAAUAAACAGCGUUUGCCGUUACACCAAAAUUGUAAUAAAUAUAUACUUUUUUGAAUAGACCACCUUCUAGAUUUUGUCAAUUUUGCAUAAUAUAAUAAAUUAAAAAUACAAUCAUUUAUACCAUUUAGUUCAAACUUUAUUCUUUUCUUAAUUCUUAUUUUAGUUAGAGCAGCUCUAAAUAAUUGGUUAGAGCACAGACUAAACCAUUCUCAUCUCUUUUAUCUUCUAUAAUCAAACGUAGCACAUUAUAAAGACCACCAUUAGGUCUCUUUAUUCUGAAAACUUCUUUCAUGGCGUUUCCAAGUAUUUCAAUAGCAGUAUGUGUAAUGAUACUGGCCGUCUUCCUCAAAAUUAUAUUAGGACUUCACCAAAUGUUCCAAGACAUUUUUGUUUACUACAUAUUUGUAUUUUUUUUUUCAUUUUAUAACAUCCACCACUUGAUUUUGCGUGGUCCUCUAUGAUAUUUUAGUUUAAUUUGGCUUUAUUAGUUUUCGCUUAUGUUCAGCAACAUAUUAUGUUGUGGGCUUACUGUCUCACUAAAUAUUACCUUGCAGUCCUUACAGCCUUACAUUCAUGUAUGCAUAUCUUCCUUUCUUAUGAAAUACUUAAUCUAUUUGGGAGUAAUUUUGCUCACUUUUGUACGUAAUAAGUUGAGUUUAGAUAUCUCUUUUGAAAGAAUGUGUUAACAAUCGCCAUAUCUAACGCUAAUUCCAGCAUAUCUUCAGCUUCAUGUCUAGUUCCAAAGCCUAGACCUCCGUGUAUUGCUUCAUUUCAAGUCCUGGAUUGGCCAACAUGUGCAUUAAUAUUAUCUUUUAUUAUGGCUUUCUCCUGAUGGGAGUAGCCUUGUCUUUUAUCUACACUCUAUAGUUGUCCAUUUUCUAACAUGGUAUCAGAAAGGAAAGAUUCUUAAAUAUUGAAGAUGGUCGGGAUCGGUUUGAAGAAGUGCUGACUAGCUUAGGAUAGAGCAGUGGCGGCUCGUGAUUUUUUCAAUAUGGGAGGCUAUACCUAACUGUAAAUUAUCUAGACAAAUUUGUACUAGCAAAAAAAAAUCCGCCAAAAAACCUAAUUUAAGGCCCCAUUUUUUUGGCCAUUUCUUAUUUAUAUUUUAUAACAUCAUCAUAAUUCAUAAUUAUUUCAUAAUAUCAUAUUAUUUUAAAAAUAGUUAGUAGGUACCUAUAAUUGUAAAAGUGUAUUACCAACGUUUGUGUCGUUUAUUUGUUAACAAUUCUAUCUCUGUAAAUAGAUAUGCAUAUCAAAAUAAAUACAGAUUUGAAGUUUUGCAGUCCAUACAGGUUGAAGGUUUACAUUGUUUAAGAGGAAACAGUAGCGAUCAACAGGUAGCAAAAACGCGUUCCAAGAUUGCGGCUGUAAUUUUGAAUAUUUUUUCGAGAUAUUUGGCCCACGUAUUCGUAAUAUAAUAAAAAAUGGCGGUACAGAGCCCAAUUUGAAAAAUAUAUUAAUAUGUGGAUAUUACUUUGUAAUUAAAUACAAUAUUAAAAAAACGAGACUGUACCGCCA